UAUCCAUAUUUGACUAUAAUAUACUCUUAGGUGAUCAAAGAUGAAAACCAAUCAAUUUAUUUUAAUUUUCUUCCAUUGUGCCCUUAUUUUUAUCUUUAUUGUUGAAAUUAAGUCAUCUAAAGAUGAGAAUGAAUUUGGUGUAAUAGAAGAAUCUAAACCAAAGAUUGGGAUAGAUGGUUGGAGAUUCUGGAGAGACAAAGAAGAUGGGCAAAAUGGAGGUGCCCAGGGAAAAAGUGAACAAAAUGGACAUGGAAGAGACAAUGAAAGUGGAAGAGACAACGAAAGUGGACGAAGGGGUGGAGGCCGGAGAAGUUGGGGAGAUUGGGGGCGUUGGCGUGAUUGGGGACCUGGCAUAGGCGGCCUAAAAGGAGGGCGUUGGGGACGUAAAUGAAAAUCAGUCGCAUGCAUGUAUAUUGUAUCCCAUGCACUAUGUAAAGUAAAAGCAUGAAUUCUAUCUUACUUCAUGCCUAGUCAAUAAUAGAAGCAAUGUAGUAUAGUGUACAUCCCUAAAUACUAUAGCAACAAUGUACUUUGAUGAUUAUUUAUGAAUGUGUUUAGUUUUGUGCAUUA